ACUUAUUGGUUUGGAUGGCAUCACGUGUGGUUAACGUCAGUGGCCGAUCUCGGCCAGUUGUAUUGUAGUAGUAUAGUUGUGCGAAAAUGGCGACAUCACACUCGAAAAAGCACGUUUGCUAUUAUUAUGAUGGUGACAUUGGAAAUUAUUAUUAUGGACAAGGACAUCCAAUGAAGCCUCACCGGAUCCGUAUGACUCACAACUUGAUAUUAAAUUAUGGACUAUACAGAAAAAUGGAAAUAUAUAGACCUCAUAAAGCAACACAAGAAGAAAUGACCAAAUAUCACAGUGACGAUUACAUUCGUUUUUUAAGAAGCAUUCGACCAGAUAACAUGUCAGAAUAUAAUAAACAGAUGCAAAGGUUUAAUGUUGGGGAAGAUUGUCCCGUCUUUGAUGGCCUGUAUGAAUUUUGCCAGUUGUCUACGGGUGGUUCGGUUGCUGGAGCAGUGAAAUUAAACAAACAGGCUGCAGAUAUUGCUGUGAACUGGGCAGGCGGUUUGCAUCAUGCAAAAAAAUCUGAAGCAUCUGGUUUUUGUUAUGUGAAUGACAUAGUGUUAGCAAUUCUAGAAUUGUUAAAAUAUCACCAGAGAGUUUUGUAUAUAGAUAUCGAUAUUCACCACGGAGAUGGUGUCGAAGAAGCAUUUUAUACCACUGAUAGAGUAAUGACUGUGUCAUUUCAUAAAUAUGGAGAGUAUUUUCCUGGAACUGGGGAUUUGAGGGAUAUUGGAGCUGGCAAAGGAAAAUAUUAUGCUGUAAACUUUCCUCUUCGCGAUGGAAUCGACGAUGAAGCCUAUGAGGGAAUAUUCCAGCCGCUAAUAUGCAAAGUAAUGGAGAUGUAUCAGCCAAGUGCUGUGGUUCUUCAAUGCGGUGCUGACUCGCUGUCCGGAGAUAGACUUGGUUGCUUUAAUCUCACAUUAAAAGGACAUGGAAAGUGUGUGGAAUUUGUGAAAAAGUACCAAAUGCCACUUCUGUUGUUGGGAGGAGGAGGAUACACUAUUAGAAAUGUUGCUCGAUGCUGGACUCAUGAAACAUCUGUAGCCUUGGGAGUGGAUAUUGCCAAUGAAUUACCGUAUAACGAUUAUUUUGAAUAUUUUGGACCCGAUUUCAAGUUGCACAUCAGUCCUUCAAAUAUGGCGAAUCAAAACACACCAGAAUAUUUAGAGAAAAUUAGAACUCGGUUAUUUGAAAAUCUCCGCAUGCUUCCUCAUGCUCCGGGGGUACAAAUGCAACCUAUACCCGAGGAUGCAAUUGACCAAGAGAGUGAAGACGAAGACAAGCAGGAUCCUGACGAACGAAUCAGCAUCAGAGCAUCAGAAAAACGGAUUGCCUGCGAAGAAGAAUUUUCUGACAGUGAAGACGAAGGUGACGGAAGGAGAGACAUCCGAUCUCACAGACCGAAGAAACGCCAGAAGGGUGAUGAGGGUGACAAGGACAAACAGGGUGGAAGAAAAGACGACGAAUCAAAGGAAAAAGAAGAUCGAAAGACCGACGUAACUGAUAAAACUGAAAGUAAAAGCAAUUUAGAUAACAGAGAUGAAGUUGGAGAUGGCGACAAGAAAAGCAUUUAACAGCCGAUCAUUAUAGUAUGUUCGUUUUACAAUGCAUAG